CACACAUUAUUGUUAAAUGUUUUUAGAACUAUACGCAACUUUAAUUUGAAGUCUUUUAUGGAGCAAAUCGAGAGAAAAACAUCAAAAACGAAAAAAAACUUUUCCUAUGGAAUGCGAUAUUUGCAGUAAAAAGGCAAUAAGCCAGUUAAAAAUUUUUAAUUUAGUUAGCAUUAUAUAGAAACUUGAUCCCUAAUUUCUUUAAGCUAUUUAUAAAACCAGUUAGUUUCAUAGGUACUAAGGUUGGAAAAUUUUAUUUAUGUAACUCAAGAUUUUCGCAACUACACUGAAAAAAAAAACAGCUGUUUCUGCUGUAGAACACGGCAGUUUUAUAGUCCAGUAAAAUUAGCUGUGAAAUCGCCCUGCGGUAGAAGUGGCUGCAUUUUGGAUAUUUGGUAAAUCGGGGUCGGAAAAGCCGAUUCUGAAAUUUGCAGCUUCCUAGAAUGAGGGGUUCUAUGCGAAAACAGCGUGCGAAAGUUAUUUUUGCUCAUAUCACGAGAUCGGCUUGACCUAUGAGAAAAUGGCUGGCAUCAAUAGAAAGAGCGUUAAAUUUUGCAUUGGAAACGAUUUUUUAAUCGAUUCCGAUGAGCGCAAAGUUCCGAAAUAAUUAAUGAAAAAGAAAUUUGCUUGGUGUAGAGGCAGGGGAGGGGAGUGCGCAGACGACAUGGCCGCCGCCGCUCUCUCCGCGCGCAGCGGCGGGACGGCGGGAACCGAGACGCGUUUGAAUGCGUCAUGCGAAAAUAUUUUUGAUUUCGCGGCGACACUCAGAAAACUUUGUAAAUUACUUGAAUAACAUUUUUUUGUUAGACCUAUUUUUUAAUAGAAAGAUAAAAAUGUUAAUUUAAAGUUAUACAAAGUUUUUAUACAAAGUUAUAAAUGAUCCUGACCAUCACAACUUAUUUAUUUUUAACUCUGUGUUUAUUAACAACUCCGUUUUGAAAUAUAAUUAUUUUUAUAACUCCUUUUAUGGUUCUUGAUUUUUCUAUAUAAUAAAAAGUAUUAGUAUUUUCAAAAUCAUAGCUAUACUAUACUAUUUGAUGUUCUUUAUUUUACGAAAGCAUGAAACAUAUGAAACGUAAUUUAUAUACUACUAAAUUUUUGGUAAUCUCGAAAUAGAAUUUCGAAAAAAACAUUUUAAUUCAGAUUAUUUAGUGCGAUAUAAAUACCAGUGUCUCAAAUGCACUCUGGAAAAAAUCAUUCGCGACGUAUCAUAUAACCGAACUCAUCCAAACAUCCUGUCACCGCAUACUAAAUGUUUAUAAAUUAUGAAUGUCAACGCCACUUUCUCAGUUCAUUACUCGAGCUGGUUAAUCAUAGGUCAGAACACUUUGGUAUCUCAUCGAAGUAACAUCGUGCUCUAAAGAGUGUAUUCCAGAGUCAUUUUUAACUAAAAAUCUAUUAGAAAUCAAAAAAUUAUUGUUUUUUGAGUGUGUGCCUUCACAGUUUUUUAAUUUGUGAUACCAGCUUAUUGAUUGGUUUCUGAAUCCUAGAAGAAUAUUUUAUUAUUUUCGAAGAAUUUAUUCAGAAUUACGAUGUUUUGCUUGAUAUUUGCACUAGCUUUUCUAUUACAUAUACGUGGAGAUGAAAAUUCACCCUAUGAAUUAAUACCUAUAACGACACCAAUAUUACGAGAAGAGCUGUUUCAAGCCAAACUUUACCAUGAGAUUUGGACGACGAUCCAUUUUGUUGACAUACUUGAGUUAGAAAGCCAUGCAAAUGAGGUGAAUACAACAUUACAAGAUCUUCGAAAUCAAUGUUCUACAUUUAAACCGUGCAUUUAUGGAAUAGAGUUAGAUCAUAUGUAUAAAAGUCUUUAUUCAAUUCAACAAAAAAUUGAUUUUUUAGUCUCCUUAAGCGAUAAGAAAAGUGAAAAAAGAGGGUUAUUUAAUAUAGUCGGAACAAUACAACAUUUUUUAUUUGGCACUAUGUCAGCCGACGAUGCCGAAAGAAUUGAUAAACAAAUAGAUGACGUAUAUAAUCAUAUGGGCCACAUAGCGACACUUUUAAAUGACCAAACAGCCAUUAUCAAGAGUACUCUGCGCAAAUUUAUAAAUAUAACUGAAAAUUAUAAACAAAAUAUGAAAAUUAUCAAGGAUGGAAUCAUUACAGUCCUGAAUGAACAUUCUUUUAAUGAUAAUAUGCUAAAAUGCAUUUUAAAUUUAAAUAUUCAUAUAGAUAAUUUAUUAGGUAAUGUCAAUCUAAUCUAUGACUCGAUUGUUGAUGGAAAACUUGGAGUUGUGUCGCCUAGAUUAAUAUCACCCACAAAAUUUAUGGACGCUUUACGCACAAUACAUUCAAAAUGGUUUCACCAAGACUUACUAUUUCCUUUAAAUAAAAAUUAUUAUGUAAUGUACAUGAAAAUUAGUAAGAUUAACAUUAUUUUGUCCGCUGGUAAACUUAUUUAUGUAUUUCAUACGCCAAUACCAACUGGCUAUCAUUAUACUGUGUACAAAUUCACACCAAUACCCAUGUCAGGAUGGAAACGUUACUAUAUAUUUGACAGUAUUAAAAAUCAACCUGUUGCUGUCGAUUCAAAUUUUACAGAGUAUAGCGUAAUUGAUUUAAAUGUUUGUACAUCUAUAAAUGAUUUUAAAAUUUGCGAGAUAACAUCUGCCGUUCAUACAUUUAACGAGGAAGAAAGUUGUUAUGCACAUUUGAUAAAAUACAAAGAUGAUAAUGGCUGUUCUAGAAAAUAUUUUGAUUUGCAAGCUGAUUUUGUUUUGGCUCUGAGUAAUGGUUUUAGUUGGUAUAUUUUACCAACCAAUAAAGAAAAUAUAUUCAUAACUUGCGGCGAUUCUAAAUCAGAUUUAUAUGUGACUAUUACGAAGCCUCAUAUAUUACGACUCAAUUCAAAUUGUAAAGGAUACUCUAAGAACCAUAAGUAUUUACCAAGAAGUCACGGCAAUGAAACAAAAAUUUCAGAAUAUAAAAUUAACAUUCAAUUUCUACCAGUUGAGCAGAUAGCUCUAAAUACAUCAGCUUUAAAACUACCUGUAUUUACUUCAUCUAAUGUUGACACUUCUGAAAUUUUAAAUUCAGCAAAAAAUAUUGAAGAUAUCAUGAAAGAUUUAGAAAUUAUUACAUCUAAUCAUAACUACCAUUCACGGCUGCUUACGGGUUAUAGUAUCUUUCAUUAUACUAUGUAUACUAUUGCCACUAUUUCAGUAUUUUAUAUCCUUUAUAAAACUGGAAUACUCAAUUGCAUUUCAAUUGCUUUUAAAUUUUGUCUAUUUCGACUGUGUCCAAUAUGUAUGAAAUGCAAAAAUAAUAAUGAUGAACGUAAUGAAGCUGCUAUACCAUUUCAAACUACGAAUGUCCAAAUACGCGAAGAAAAUAUUGCUGCUCAACCAUCAACGUCUGCAGAUGAUCGAUCUAUUGUUCGAUAUGAUGCACGUGCUCCAAUAUCAUAAAAAGUUUAUGUAUAAUUUCAGUGAUGAUCCUAUUUGAAUAUUUUAGAUAUAUUUGAAGCUAUAUUUUAGAUUUAUAGUAUAUUUCAUACAACUAUAUGAAGUUUAUACUGCAUUAUUCUGUACUACCAUAUUAUUUAUAUUAACAAUUGUACGCAUCUUGUACAAGCAUGCAAUAUAACAAUUAUAUAAGAGUUUAAAAAGUAUUUUGUAAUAAUUAUGAUGACCUUAUGUAAUAUCAACUUAUGAUACCUUAUAUAAUAUCAAUAUUAUCAAUAAAUUUAAAAUAAAAAU